AUGGCAAACACAGAAAAUUGUAAUGAUACAACUGGAAACUGUUCUUGUCAUCAUGGUUGGACAGGCUACAACUGUGAAGCUGAUAUUGAUGAAUGUGAAAAUGAGACCUUUUGUUCUGACAUCCAUUCUAGCUGCUUUAAUUUGAAUGGAUCUGCAGAAUGUAGAUGUAACAUUGGAUUUGAAAUUGUUUCAACUAAUGAAAAAUGUCUAGACGCCUAUUUUUCAGCAUGUAAUGCUACCCACUAUGGUCUGAACUGUGCCAACACAUGCAGCUGUAACCUAAACAAUACAGUUGAUUGCAAUGACACCACAGGAGAAUGUUUGUGUGCAGCUGGUUGGAAUGGCACCACUUGUGAUGAAGAUGUCAAUGAGUGCCUUAAUGCCAGCUACUGUCCUGGUUACAUGGAAGUUUGCUUUAAUAUGAAUGGAUCAGCAGAAUGCAGGUGUGAGAUUGGCUAUCUGAGAUCAGGACUGAAUCACAAGUGCCAAGCUUGUAAUAACACUUUCUUCGGUUAUGAGUGCUCAAAUCCUUGCUCAUGUGUUAUGGAGAAUACAGUAGAUUGCCUGGACAGUACAGGAGAAUGCUCUUGUUUCUUUGGGUGGAAAGGAAUCAACUGUGAAUCUGAUAUUGAUGAGUGUGAACAGACUGACUUUUGUUCUCACAUCCAUGCUAGCUGCUUUAAUUUAAAUGGAUCUGCAGAAUGUAGGUGUGAUAUUGGAUAUGAGAAUUCUACCACUGAUGAAAGCUGCCAAGCAUGUAAUGCUACCCACUAUGGUCUGAACUGUGCCAACACAUGCAGCUGUAACCUAAACAACACAGUUGAUUGCAAUGACACCACAGGAGAAUGUUUGUGUGCAGCUGGUUGGAAUGGCACCACUUGUGAUGAAGAUGUCAAUGAGUGCCUUAAUGCCAGCUACUGUCCUGGUUACAUGGAAGUUUGCUUUAAUAUGAAUGGAUCAGCAGAAUGCAGGUGUGAGAUUGGCUAUCUGAGAUCAGGACUGAAUCACAAGUGCCAAGCUUGUAAUAACACUUUCUUUGGUUAUGAGUGCUCAAAUCCUUGCUCAUGUGUUAUGGAGAAUACAGUAGAUUGCCUGGACAGUACAGGAGAAUGCUCUUGUUUCUUUGGGUGGAAAGGCAUCAACUGUGAAACUGAUAUUGAUGAGUGUGAACAGACUGACUUUUGUUCUCACAUCCAUGCUAGCUGCUUUAAUUUAAAUGGAUCUGCAGAAUGUAGGUGUGAUAUUGGAUAUGAGAAUUCUACCACUGAUGAAAGCUGCCAAGCAUGUAAUGCUACCCACUAUGGUCUGAACUGUGCCAACACAUGCAGCUGUAACCUAAACAACACAGUUGAUUGCAAUGACACCACAGGAGAAUGUUUGUGUGCAGCUGGUUGGAAUGGCACCACUUGUGAUGAAGAUGUCAAUGAGUGCCUUAAUGCCAGCUACUGUCCUGGUUACAUGGAAGUUUGCUUUAAUAUGAAUGGAUCAGCAGAAUGCAGGUGUGAGAUUGGCUAUCUGAGAUCAGGACUGAAUCACAAGUGCCAAGUUUGUAAUAACACUUUCUUCGGUUAUGAGUGCUCAAAUCCUUGCUCAUGUGUUAUGGAGAAUACAGUAGAUUGCCUGGACAGUACAGGAGAAUGCUCUUGUUUCUUUGGGUGGAAAGGAAUCAACUGUGAAUCUGAUAUUGAUGAGUGUGAACAGACUGACUUUUGUUCUCACAUCCAUGCUAGCUGCUUUAAUUUAAAUGGAUCUGCAGAAUGUAGGUGUGAUAUUGGAUAUGAGAAUUCUACCACUGAUGAAAGCUGCCAAGCAUGUAAUGCUACCCACUAUGGUCUGAACUGUGCCAACACAUGCAGCUGUAAUCUCAACAACACAGAAGAUUGCAAUGACACCACUGGAGAAUGCACAUGUGCUAGUGGCUGGAAUGGCACUAUUUGUGAUGAAGAUGUGGAUGAAUGUCUGAAUAUCAGCUACUGUCUUGAAGCGAAUGAAAUAUGUUUUAACUCAAAUGGAUCUGCUGAAUGUCUAUGUGACAUUGGGUUUCAAAGAUCAUUAUUUAACUACAGUUGUGAAGCAUGCAAUGAAACAAAUUAUGGAUGGAACUGUGCUGAACCUUGUGACUGCUUCAUGGAAAACACAGAAGACUGUGACAAUGUAAAUGGAGCUUGUUUUUGUGUUGAAGGGUGGAAUGGCACUUUUUGCAAUGAGGACAUAGAUGAGUGUAUCAAUGCUAACUACUGUCUAGGUUUACAUGAAAUUUGUCACAACCUAAAUGGUUCAGCUGAAUGCCUAUGCAAUGUUGGUUUUGAAAGAUGGUCAUCAAAUAACACAUGCACAGCAUGUACUGAGACCCACUAUGGCCUUAAUUGUGAAAACACAUGCAGCUGCGACCUAGUCAACACAGCAGAUUGCAAUGAUGUGACAGGAAAUUGUUCAUGUAGAUCUGGAUGGGAAGGUGUCAACUGUGAGGAAGACAUCAAUGAGUGUUUAAACUUGAGCUACUGUACAGGACCACAUGAAACUUGUCGUAAUUUGAAUGGUUCAGCUGAAUGUCCAUGUGUGAUUGGGUUUGAAAAAGUUAAUAAUAUUUGUCAAGCUUCCUUUGGCUGA